AUUCUCGAGAAAAAAUGAAUAAGAUGCUAAUAAAGACACUGCUUGUGUCUUUGGUAACAGUAUCUGUAAGCGACGCUUUUUAUUUACCAGGUGUUGCACCACACGACUAUAACAAGGGAGAGUUGGUCACUUUGAACGUUAAUACACUCACACCGAGCAGUAACCAGCAGGUCAAGUCUGUCAUCUCAUAUGACUUUUAUAACGAACAGUUUCAUUUUUGUAAACCUAAAAACGGGCAGCAAGAACAAUCCGAGAGUAUUGGCUCUAUUCUCUUUGGCGACCGUAUCUUUAAUUCAGCCUUUGAGUUGAAAAUGCAAGAACCUGAAGAGUGCAAGUUAUUGUGUCAAGUAGACAAUAUUCCAUCAGAAGAUGCUAAAUUCAUUAAUGAGCGCAUCAAAGAAGGAUAUGCUUUUAAUUGGGCUGUGGAUGGUUUGCCAGCUGCUACAGAGGAAAUUGAUGUACAAACAAAUGAAAAGUACUACAACAUUGGCUUUAAAUUAGGUUCUGUGUAUAACGAUGUUGCUUACUUGAACAACCAUUAUGAUAUCAAGAUUCAUUACCAUGUCACUUCGCGCGGUUUGUCUCGAGUUGUUGGUGUCUCUGUUGAUCCAUAUAGUAGAGAUACUCCUUCUAGCCACCAAUGUUCUGAAGGACUCAGCCGAUUCCAUCUAGCUGAAGAUGGCAAAGGAAGAGUUGUUUACACCUAUUCCGUCAAUUGGAUUCCCUCAGACACAGUAUGGGCUACUCGUUGGGAUGGUUAUCUUCAUGUGUUGGAUCCUUCUAUUCAUUGGUUUUCUUUGAUCAAUUCUAUCAUUAUUGUCUUGUUCUUGACUGGUAUGGUUUCCAUGAUCUUAUUACGUGCUCUUCAUAAAGAUAUUUCAAGAUACAAUGCAGUGGAUGCUCAAGAAGAAGUACAAGAAGACUAUGGUUGGAAACUGGUCCAUGGUGAUGUCUUUAGACCUCCUCAACGUCCUAUGCUUUUGUCUGUCUUGACAGGUAGUGGUGUUCAAUUAAUGGCCAUGACAGGCUUAACACUUGUUUUCGCUGUAUUUGGAUUUUUAUCCCCUUCUAAUCGUGGUUCACUUGCUACUAUGAUGAUUUUGUUCUUUAUGAUCUUUAGUUGCUUUUCUGGAUAUACUUCUGCUCGUAUCUAUAAGAUGCUUGGUGGUGAAUCAUGGAAAGCCAACAUGUUCUUGACUGCAACCAUUGUUCCUGGAACACUAGUAGGUGGUCUACUCGGCCUCAAUUUCUUUUUAAUCUAUUCGAAUGCUUCAGGUGCUGUACCUUUUGGUACCAUGCUUGGAUUAGCAGCACUUUGGGUCAUUAUCUCGUUUCCCUUGAGUAUUGCAGGCUCUUAUGUCGGCCUUCGUAAACCACGCAUUGAGAAUCCUGUUCGUACAAACCAAAUUCCUCGUCAGAUUCCAGACCAACCUUUGUAUAUGCGUGCACUUCCUUCUAUUUUGAUGGGCGGCAUCUUGCCCUUUGGUGCUAUUUUCAUUGAAAUCUUCUUUUUAUUCAACUCCAUUUGGUUCCACCGUAUCUAUUAUGGUAUUGGCUUCUUGUUCCUUGUGUUUGCUGUGUUGAUCUUGACAUGCUCUCAAGUGGCUAUUUUAAUGUGUUAUUUCCAUAUGUGUAACGAAGAUUACCAUUGGUCUUGGCGUGCUUUUUUGACGUCUGGUGCCACAGGUUUCUACGUCUAUGCCUAUUCUUUCUUGUAUUAUUUCACAAAGCUCAACAUCAAUACCUUUACAAGCACUGUGCUUUAUUUUGGAUAUUCUUCUCUUAUCAGUGUUUUGUUGUUUAUUAUGACAGGAUCCAUUGGUUAUCUUUCUUGCUUAUACUUCUUAAGGAAAAUAUUCGCAAGCAUCAAGGUCGACUAAAUAUGGUGAUUCCAUUGCGUAUACUACGCUAAAAAUAGCAAUCCAUGGAAGGAUAAUUUAUUGACCGAAUAAAAUUUAUAUAUCUC